AUGGCCAAGGGUCAUACCUCUCUUCCUCUCUUUGCCAACAUCAUGGUGGUGGUUCUUCAGGGCAGCUUUCUCACUCCUCUUUUGAGGCAGCUUUCUCACUCUCUUCUCCCCUCCAUCUUCUCCCCUCCAUCUUCUCCCCUCCAUCUUCUCCCCUCCAUCUUCUCCCCUCCAUCUUCUCCCCUCCUCUCUUCUCCCCUCCAUCUUCUCCCCUCCAUCUUCUCCCCUCCAUCUUCUCCCCUCCAUCUUCUCCCCUCCAUCUUCUCCCCUCCAUCUUCUCGAACGCGGCACUCAGCCCUUCUCUCCUCCCCUUCGCUCCUCUUCCUUUCUCUCUCCUUCCGUCCCCGCUUCUCCCCUUCCAUGUCUCCCAUUCAGCCCAUGGCCAAGGGUCAUCCCUCGCCGCCCCCCCUCUUCGCCAGCAUCACAGCGCCCAUCGGUAAAGGCCAUCCCUUGCCGCCUCCCCUCUUCGCCAGCAUCACAGCGGUCUUUCUUGAGGGUGGCUUCCUCAGCCCUUCCUUUGCUGACGUGGCAAGCAUCCUCCAGUGCGGUGGCGGCACCGUCAUUCCAAGCAGCGCCUUACAGUCCCCCACAGCCAAGACCCUUCUUGCUGCCUUCUCCAACCCCUCCAACACAACAAACAGCACCACCAUUGCCGCCGAAAAAAGGAGAGGAGAGGAAGGGGAGACGAAAAUACUCUUGGUGGUGUAUGCAGAUGUGCCUGCAAACACACCCAGUGGCUCGGGUAAGAUGCGGCGGGAACUGGCGCUGGUGGAGAAGCGGAGGGAAGCUGCUGGGCAAGUGGGGAAGGAGAUGCGGCGGGAACUGGCGCUGGUGGAGAAGCGGAGGGAAGCUGCUGGGCAACUGGGGAAGGAGGUGGGGGCUCGUGCCUCGUCUGGAAGGACCUUGUCUCCUCGUCGCAUCCUAGGCCUUUCGCUUCUCAGCUUCCCCAAGUCCUCGACCACUGCUCUACUAGCCACUCCCGGAGGCACUGGCGGAGACACUGGCGGCGAUACCGGCAGUGGCGGCGACAUUGGGGGAGGCGGCGAUGCGGGGGGAGGCGGAGAACCUGGCGGUCCUGGCGGAGACGUCGGCGGCGAGCAGGGCGGUCCUAAGGGUCCCCCUGGUGGCGACAAUGGGGAUACCGCCAGUGGCGGAGAUACCGGCAGUGGCGGCGACGUUGGGGGAGGCGAGGGUGGCCCGCCACUGAUCGGCGCUGGCGGAAAGGGCGGGAAGGGCGGAAAGGGAGGGAAGGGUGGGAAGGGCGGAAAAGGCGGAAAGGGAGGGAAAGGGGGCAAGGGGGGAAAGGGGGGGAAACCUGGUAACCAGCAGGGGGGACCUGGCGGAGAUCAGAGGGGUUCUGACGGAGAGCAAGGGGGGGCUGGUGGGGAGCAGGGGGGAUCCGGCGGGGAGCAGGGGGGAUCUGGUGGAGAGCAGGGCGGGGCUGGCGGGGAGCAGGGGGGAGCAGAGGGGCAGGAUCAGGGCCAGACCGCAGGCACAACGAGCACAGGGAAGGGUGGAAAGGCUGGAAAGGGUGGAAAGGGUGGGAAAGGAGGGAAGGGAGGCAAGGGUGGAAAGGGUGGCAAAGGUGGAAAGAAAUAA